UUCUUUGUCUCACGCCUAUUCGUUCAGGUAUUCACAAACGACGAUUUGGCUCAACUCUUGAUCACGGAUAACCGAUUUCCUCACUGGGUUGUCUAUCGCCCUGGAAGUUCGCGUCAGCAGCCAGUUUAAAGCGCCAUUACGCCUUUGUUCCCCCUUAGCAGUUGUGAGCCAGGACGACAACCUCUACAUAUCUCAGCUGGCAUAUCCUGCCUAGUCAACCUUUUUUUAUCGCGAAACACUCCGCAACCUCAGUCGCCAUGUACACGACACGCCUCCUGAAGCUGCUAAUGGUAGCUCUCGCCGUUGUUUGCGUCGCUCAGGCAUCGUGGAUUGACCUCAACAAGAUUCACAUGCGGGAGCGUCGACUCGUCCGCAGAGCAAGCCCAAGCCAAUCCGAUGACUCUCAACCAAGCGCUACUGCACCCGACAGCAAGCCUUCGGCUACUCAAGCAGAUUCUGCAUCUGAUCCUGCUCCUACUGACGCAGCCGAUCCUACCUCGGACGACUCUGCCAAAACCGACGCUGAGGCUACUCAGGCUACCAAUGAACAAACAAACCCAUCUGCCACUGAUGCUGAGCCUACCAACAACGAUUCUGCGAAGACAACCGCUGCCGAUUCCUCCCCUACAAACGCUUCUCCCACCAGCAAGCCCGCCGAGAAGUCUAGUGCUGCUGAUAGCAAGCCCUCCGAGACAGCCGCUGCCACACAGUCUGAGGCUACCGACAACGCCGAGUCAUCAGCUUCUGCAACUGACGCCAACACUGCUGCUCAGUCGACAGCCAAUUCCCCAGCAACCACCAGCACCUCCAGCAACAACCAGAACAGUGACGACGCCAGCAGCACCGCCAGCGAGAACAACGAUGAGGCUUCCAGCACUGCCGCCGAGAAGGACACCCGAACUACCGCCAGACCUGUUACCUCUACGCACGUCGCCGUCGUUACAAGGACAAACAGCGAUGGCAAUCUUGAGACCAUGACCACUACGAGUGUGUCUACGUCAACACCUGGUCUGAGCGACGGUGAUGACGACGGAAGCUCUUCAGGCAUGUCGACCAAGACCCGCAACACUGUUAUUGGAGUUGUUGUCGGUAUUGGUGGUGCAAUUGUUGUUGGUGCUCUUGGCCUUGUCGCAUGGCGAAUUUGGGGGCGCAAGAAGCACCAAGAAGAAGCCGAUGGUCUCAUGGACUUCAACGAGAACAAUAGCCGUCCUAGCAGCAACGGCCCUUACCACAGCGUUGAGAAGACUGAGUACGGUAGUGUCGGGAGCUCAGGUCCUCAACGCAGCCCAUUCCAAUCCACGCUGGACACUUAUCACCAGCCAACACCCGUGAACGCCUCGUCCAACUUUUAACGACGGAGUCUCGUGUUUCCUUUGCAUCAUUGAUAAAAAGCAUUCUCUUUUCUUUUCUUUUCUUUUCCACGUUUUCCAGCAUCCGUUCCGAUGGAAGUCAUCAAGGUCAUAGGCGUUUCGGACACGGAUAUU